AAGGUAAACCGGAAGAGGAAAACGCAGGGAUUAUAGCGUGUACUCAGCAUCCUUGGUGCACCGAGCAUCCUAAAAAUAAACUCUUCGUGAAAUCUGCCUUGAUUAUUCUUUUUUUGGGGGAUAAAACACAUUUUAUUACCGAGGACUGAUUUAUUGUUUCCGUUGAGGAGGGGCUGUUGUUGUUGCGGACUGUCGCUGCAGCAGGACACCCACCGUCUGUGGAAGUGGGACAGCGGAACAGAUGGCGUAUCCAAGCCGGUCCGCAGGGCUUUGUCCAGCACAAGAGACAAGGUGCCAUCAUUAACAUAGUUCGCUUUUACAGUUUGUUUUAUUUUUGUGCGACUCUCUCCUCCAUCAUACACAAUCAGCCAUGUUGGAGUAACUGGAUGCAACUGGAGGACCGAAACGCGUCCGUGUACCGCCUGAGCCGAGACCAACCCCCCGCCGACUUAAUCCCCUUUAAGUCCGUCUGGGUGAACAAUGGUCGACAACCGCUACGCCACUGCUCUGGUCAUCGCCUGCGUGCUGAGCAUCCUGGCCACCGUGUAUCUGUCGGUGGCCAUCGGCACGCAGCACUGGUACCAGUACAGCAGCCCCACCGUGCGCGGCGAGGCCAACGUGUCCGAGCUGCGCUCCCUCUACGACGAGUUCAUGACCGGGGAGUUCGACGAGAAGACCUACAGCGACACGCUGUUCCGCCUCAACGGGACCGUGGGGCUGUGGUGGCGGUGCGUGCUCGUCCCACCCUCUGCCCACUGGAACAGGGAGCCAGAUGCAAAGAUCUUGCUGGAGUGUCGAAACUUCACUCUGCCGGAGCAGUUCACCCCUAAAUACAAAGAGCCAGGGAACCACAACAGUGGAGAGGACAUGCUCCGCACCUAUUUGUGGAGAUGCCAAUUUCUGCUCCCACUGGCGUCUCUCGGUCUGGUUGUGCUGGCGGGCCUGAUUGGGUUUUGCGCCUGCCUUUGCAGAAGUCUCACUCCCACAUUGGGCAUCGGAGUUCUUCAUCUCUUGGCUGGCCUGUGCACCCUGGCCACAGUGUGCUGCUACCUGGCUGGGAUGGACCUGCUCCACAGGGUGUCGAUGCUUCCUGACAAGGUGGACGGCUCCCUGGGUUGGUCCCUGUACCUGGCCCUCAUCUCCUCGCCCCUGCACAUGAUGGCUGCCGCGCUGCUGGUGUGGGCGGCGCGCAGUCACAGUCAGAACUACUACCGCAUGACUGCCUACCGGGUGGCGUGAAUAUGUGGUUUCUAUCCCAUCUUAUGUUUUAAAGUCUAGAGUAAAAACCCUAAGGUAUGCUGCAUUCAUUUCAUUUUUAUUUUUUUUCUCUAGGGCUGCUGAUGUGAAAAGAUAAGUGGAGUGUAGCACAAUGUCCAGGUCAGAAACACUGAAAAUUAGCUGAUUUUUAAUUUUUUUAAAAAUUUAGAUCCUGCCUGGAUCUCUGGUUAAGCUUUAAUAUAAUUUACUUAUACAAGAGUAAAAACAAGGUUUCCUCAAUGCUUUUAAAAGUGACACCUUUUCUUUUAUGUCUUCUGAAAACAAUAACACAAACUCCACAAGUGUAGUUCACUGGGUUGUUACAGUCAGCUAAAGCAAAGCAAGGUGGAGGUUUGUUAUCCUGUGGUGUGGCUUUGUGUGUCAUUGGCACUGCAUCACUUAAUCUGCUGAAAAAAUAAUGACGAUUAAAAACAUGUUAGACCCAACUGCACCAACCAGUGUCAUGCGAAGCAAUGCCCUGGGAGGACGUUUCUGAGCCAAACGCUCCCCAAACAAAGGCACGAAAUGAAAAGGUUUUUUUAAAGUUGACAUUUGAACAGUCCUGACCUAAAUAUGCAUAGAAUCUCUUAUUAAACGAUCCAUGUCACCACAAGAGAUAAAAAAAACACAUCCUCAUAGUGGAAGAGUGCCAAAAAUCAGGACACGGAUGCCGGGUGUUUUUGGCAGGUUGCUCUUGUUGAGGACGUUUAUGAAGUUAGACAGCAGCGCCCUGACUUCAGUCUUGCGCUGCAGAAUUGGAUUAUUUCGGUUGUUGCUUUUGAUCUUCAAAUCGAUUUAUUUAUAUUGCACCAAUUUACAACAAUUAUCAUCUGAAAGCCCUUUACAAAACAUGCAGAUCUAACUUUUAUGCAAAAAUUCUAGUUAUAAUGGAUUGCAAUCGGGUUCGGUUUAUAACGCCAAUUGGCAAAAUGUUAAGAAAUCAUAAUUGAUUGCUUCAAGUCACUGACCUUGCAGCAAUCCCUCAUAUUGAGCAAGAAUCUUGCUGAAGUGGAAAAGAACAGACAGCCCCAACCACUAGCAGUAGCAAAGGAAAGCCAUUAUGUGGCUUAAAUUACAAAGUGAAAAUUCAUCUGCCUGUUUUAGUUUGACGCAUUCAUUUGAUUGAGAUACAGAGGAUUCAACCUUCAUGCGGCCUCUUUCAAGUAAGUUUGGUUCUUAAGUAUUUUGUAAGACAGCUGCUUCCUUCCUUGUGAUUUUUUCACGCUGUUGAGUGAGCAGUGCAUGCACACCGCACGCCUCUGACGAUCCUCAUCUGAUAAGCAGCUGAGCAGAAUGCUGCCUGUUCACUUCUCAGAGCCAAGUGGUGUUAACGAUUUCAGGAAAAAAAAACCACAGACGUCACUUUAGACCCAGUUAUCAAUCUAAGCAAGUGUGCUUUAAAUUGUUUUGAGCUUUUUUUUUUUUUUUUAUUUGUAUAAAUAUUGUACAUAUCAAACAGAAUAAGGAAGGAACAGUUUUGGUCAGAAGUCUACGUACAGUACACUCCUUGGCAUGAAUGUCAUUUUGGGAUUUACCGAUUAAUUUAACAGUUUUUCUUGUUACCAGGUCGGAAUGAUUAUACAACAAAGAAUGUCAAUAAGUAAAAACAAGAAUUGGAAGCUCAGGUUUUAAAUUGUUGUGAAUCUUUCUCUAAUCCACCCAUGG